AGCGCAGCCUAAAGUGAGUGACCAGACCACCUUCCCUUUGUUGUUCCAGCAACUCCUUUCGCCUCCCCAACAAAGUUCCAGAAAGGAAGAGAGGGCAUAGCCGCAUAGGCAGCUAGGUACAACACAUAGAAGAUCAUGCCGUGUCCUCCAAUGGAUGCAGCAGGUGCAGCCAAGAGUCAAGGCAAGAAGAUGAGCAGAGGAGCUGCGAAGAAGACGACUCGGUCAUCGUGGAUGGCCGUUGGGCUGGGGUUCUACCAUUCUUCCUCCUCCGGCAAGAACAGAACGCAGCCGGCGCAGGCGCCGGCAGAAGGCAAGAACAUUGACAAUGACAAGAGCAGCAGCAAGAAGAAGAGGAGCAUCAGCAUCAGCCGGAGCAUGACCUGCGCGGGCUCCAUCUGCAGCACCAAGGAGACCUCCGUGCUGAGCCGCCGGGAAGACCGCGGCGGCGGCGCCCGCAGCGCCUCGAGCAGGUCGCUCCGGGCCCCCGACGCCGCCGAGGUCGCCGACGCCGUGUACGCCGCCUCCGCCGCGGCCGUCUCCGCGACGUCGUCCUUCAACUCGGAGGCCACGGCUGCCAUGACCUCCUCAUCGUCCACCGCCACCUCGGCGUCCUCGCCGCUCUCAUCGCCAGCGUCGUCGUCGUUCGGGAGCUCCUUCCGCGGGGUGCAGCAGAUCAGGAAGCUCUCCGGGUGCUACGAGUGCCACUCCGUGUUCGACCCCAGGAGCCUCGGCGCCGCCGCCGCCUUCCCGUGCGCCGGCUGCGACGAGGUGUUCGGCAAGGCCGAGUCGCUUGAGCUCCACAGAGCAUCCAGGCAUGCAGUUUCAGAGCUGGGGCCCGAUGACACGAGCAGGAACAUCGUGGAGAUCAUCUUCCAGUCGAGCUGGCUGAGGAAGCAGGCGCCCAUGUGCAAGAUCGACAGGAUACUCAAGGUCCAGAACAGCGACAGGACGGUGUGGAGGUUCGAGCAGUACAAGGAGAGCAUCAAGGAGAGGGCGAGCAGCGGCGAAGGCAGGAAGAACCCCCGGUGCGUCGCCGACGGCAACGAGCUCCUCAGGUUCCACUGCACCACGUUAACCUGCUCCCUCGGCGCCGGCGGCGGCACCGCCCUGUGCCGGGCGCCGGCGGCGCAGUGCAAGCUCUGCAGCAUCGUCAGGGAUGGUUUCAGGGUCGAUGGUGAUGGGAAGGUUGCAACAAUGGCGACGAGUGGGCGUGCUCAUGACAUGGCGCAGGGGUUGUCUGACGGCGAGAAGAAGGCGAUGCUGGUGUGUAGGGUGGUUGCGGGGAGGGUCAAGAAGACCGGCGACAGGAAAUCUUCAGAGGACUCUGACUGUGAUUCUGUCAGCCCCAGCUCAGAGGGGGUCUGCUCAGAUUUGGAAGAGCUCUUCCUGUUCAAUCCUAGAGCUAUACUGCCCUGCUUCGUAGUCAUAUACAGUGGCUAUUAGGUUAUCGCCAAUAGCGCAACUUAGUUAAAUUUAGCUAGUGUUACUUUUGCUCUAUGUUCAACCUGUUGUUGCUUCCUUUGUUCUUUCAUGCUCAUCAGCUAGCUCAUAAAAAGCAUAAUGUUCGGUUGCAAAUCUUUCCAAGUUCCU